AUGCAGGAACGGGACGUCAAGAAGGAGCAGCAGCAGCUCGAGGACGAGGGAGAAGGGAGCGAUGAUGCUGCGGCGCUUAGGGAGCUCGCAGACAUCCUGCAGAGCAAGAACGAGGAGCUCGAGAAGGCGACGCGGCUGUACCAGCGAUCCAUCAUGCUGAACCCGUCGGACGUGCGAACGUUCUGCAACUACGGAAGGCUGCUGCAUUCCAGUGGGAGUUUCGAUGCAGCAGAGGAGAUGUACAACAAGGCCCUGGACCUCGACGACGACCAUGUCGACACUCUCAACAACUUCGCGGUGCUCCAGCACAGCGUGCGGGGGCGGCAGGAGGAAGCGGCUCGCAUGUACCGCAGGGUCCUCGAGCUUCGACCGAGCGACUCUCACUGCCACAGCAACUACGCGACGCUCCUCCUAGAGACCCACGGGCUCGGCGCCAUGGCAGAAGCAGAGGAGCAUCUUCGUCGCGCCAUGGAGCUCCGACCGGACGAUGCAGACGCUCUCUACAACUUCGCGGUGCUGCAGCAGGAGCUGCGCGGGGACAAGCACAAGGCGGAGGAGGCGCUCGAGCGAGUGAUGGCGCUGAACCCGCAGGACACGGCAGCGCUCUACAACUAUGCUGUGAUGCAGCUGGAGGAGGAGGAGGAGGGCAGGGGCAGGGGCAGGGCUGAGGCACUGUGCCGUGAGCUCGUUGAGCGGACACCAGAGGACGCAGACGCGCUCUCCUUCUACGCUGACCUGCUGGCGUUCAGGCGGCCGGAGGAGGAGCAAGACUUCACGUCGGCAGAGCGCCUGUACAGGAAGGCGCUGCUGCUGCAACCAUCGCACGUCGAGGUCCUCAUCAACUUCGGCGUGAUGCUCCUGCGAGCUCGGGAGCAGCCGGAGGAGGCGCUGGGCUGCUUCAAGCGCGCCCUCCUCCUCGUCCCCUCCCGCGAGAUCCUCGACAGGAACGGCCAGAGCGUCAAGCUGUCGGAGCUGUGCGAGCAGCUGGAGCAGGUGAUCAGUGACGGCCCAGGUAAGUGCCAACAGGAGGGAGUAAAGUAA